GUGGCGCGUUUGUAAAGCCUUGAAAGCCACUGUGGUUUGUGUUGAUGCAAUCCCCAAAUCCUCCCUCCCAUUCCGAGACAUGCGUCUACCUUCUCCAAUCUGCAAUAAAAUCCCGGGACCCAUUCAUCGGAAGAUGCAUUCACGCUCGAAUCAUCAAACACGGCCUUUGCCUCGGCGUCUUCUUGGCGAACAACCUACUCAAUUUCUACGCCAAAACUGCCUCAUUCACCGAUGCCCACCGCCUGUUCGAUGAAAUGCCCCUUAAAACCACCUUUUCAUGGAACACUAUUCUCUCCGCGUACGCCAAGGGAGGCAACUUAUACUCUGCACGCCAACUGUUUGAUGAAAUUCCCCAACCAGAUUCUGUCUCCUGGACCACCAUGAUGGUGGGGUAUAACCACUUGGGUCUUUUCAACAGCACUAUUCACACGUUUCUCCACAUGGUUUCCUCUGGAAUUUCGCCGACCCAGUUCACGUUUACCAAUGUUCUUGCUUCCUGUGCCGCAACACAAGCCCUGGAUGUUGGAAAGAAGCUUCACUCAUUCGUUGUAAAACUGGGGCUAUCCGGGGUUGUACCUGUGGCAAAUUCACUGCUUAACAUGUAUGCAAAGUGUGGUGAUUCUGUAAUGGCAGAGUUUGUUUUUGACCGGAUGAGGUUAAAGGAUAAAUCAACUUGGAAUACUGUGAUUUCGAUGCACAUGCAGUUUGGUCGACUUGACCAUGCACUUGCACUAUUUGAUCAAAUGACUGAUCCGGAUAUUGUCUCUUGGAAUUCCAUCAUCACAGGGUACUGUCAUCAGGGAUAUGACAUCAAGGCCCUGGAAACAUUUGCUCUUAUGCUCAAGAGUUCAUCUUUGAAACCGGAUAAGUUCACCUUGGGAAGUGUUCUGUCUGCUUGUGCCAAUCUUGAAAGACUGAAACCUGGGAAACAAAUUCAUGCACAUAUUAUAAGAGCCAAUGUUGACAUUGCUGGGCCAGUGGGAAAUGCCCUUAUUUCAAUGUAUUCGAAAUCAGGAGCUAUUGAAAUUGCUCGAAGGAUUGUAGAACUAACUGGGACUUCCAGUCUUAAUGUUAUAGCAUUCACAUCACUUUUGGAUGGUUAUGUCAAAAUUGGGGAUAUAAACCCUGCCAGAGAGAUAUUUGAUUCAUUGAAGUUUCGUGAUGUAGUUGCCUGGACUGCCAUGAUUGUUGGUUAUUCACAGAAUGGCUUACUUAGUGAUGCUUUGGCGCUCUUUAGGUCAAUGAUUAGAGAUGGUCCAAAGCCAAACAACUAUACCCUGGCAGCGGUAUUAAGUAUCUUUUCAAGCUUGGCUUCUUUGGAUCAUGGUAAGCAGCUUCAUGCAGUUGCUAUAAGAUCGGAAGAAAUAUCAUCAGUUUCUGUGGGUAAUGCUUUGAUUACCAUGUAUUCUAGAUCUGGAAGCAUCAAAGAUGCUAGGAAAGUAUUCAAUCGGAUAUGCUCCUACAGGGAUACAUCGACUUGGACUUCCAUGAUUUUGGCUCUAGCUCAACAUGGUCUUGGAAAUGAGGCCAUAGAACUGUUUGAAAAGAUGCUGAAAGUUAACUUAAAGCCUGAUCACAUUACUUAUGUUAGUGUGUUGUCUGCUUGCACACACGUGGGAUUGGUAGAAGAAGGUAAAAGUUACUUUAAUUUGAUGAAAAGCGUUCAUAACAUUGAACCCACCUCUAGUCACUACGCAUGCAUGAUUGACCUAUUUGGACGUGCUGGAUUGCUUGAAGAAGCAUAUGAUUUUAUUAGAAAUAUGCCUAUUGAACCAGAUGUUGUAGCUUGGGGUUCACUUUUGUCUUCUUGCAGGGUUCAUAAAAAUGUGGAUUUGGCUAAAGUGGCAGCUGAAAAAUUGCUUCUUAUUGAUCCCAAUAAUAGUGGGGCUUACUCAGCGCUUGCUAAUACACUUUCAGCCUGCGGUAAAUGGGAGGAUGCUGCCAAGGUUAGGAAGUCAAUGAGGGACAGGGCAGUAAAGAAAGAACAAGGAUUCAGUUGGGUUCAAAUCCAGAACAAAGUCCAUAUUUUUGGGGUUGAAGAUGCUCUUCACCCACAAAGAGAUGCAAUCUAUCGUAUGAUUUCAAAAAUAUGGAAGGAGAUCAAGAAAAUGGGCUUUAUUCCUGACACCAAUUCCGUGAUGCAUGACCUAGAGCAAGAAGUGAAAGAACAGAUCCUUAGACAUCAUAGUGAAAAACUCGCCAUUGCAUUUGCAUUAAUAAAUACUCCAGAUCAUACUACAUUGAGGAUCAUGAAGAAUCUUAGAGUCUGUAAUGACUGCCAUUCCGCCAUAAAAUAUAUCUCUAUGCUUGUGGAAAGAGAAAUUAUAGUAAGGGAUGCAACGCGUUUUCAUCAUUUUAAGGAUGGUUCUUGCUCCUGUCAGGAUUACUGGUAGAAGAAACAGUUCAAUUUCGUGUAGACUACAAUUUGACCAGUAAUUUACAACCACAUUCACCAGAAAGCAUAAAUUUGCCAUCACUUUUAGUUGGCCAUAGGCCGAGAAUUGUCUCUUAGCCCCUGUUUGUUUCGGGAGAUUUACUGUUCACGACAAACGAAAGGUGAAGAAACUUGACGUUUGUUUCCGUUGAUUUGCACCGAAAGAAAAGUGAAGAAAAGCGGAAGAACCUGCAUGACCAUUCUUCGCGAAGUUGUGAAGAAAAGAGAUGAAAGCCACGUAAGAAAUGAGAAAACUCGAUAAUACCCCUGCCCAAAAGUUGAAAAGAGAUGAAGCUCUGCCAUGCUCAUGCAUGCAGAGACUGUGCCAUGCAGCAGAAGAAUCUCUAUCAUGGUUCAUGGGCCUUUGUCCUUCGUUUGAAUGGCAUGGUGACGCGUUUGAAAUGAGGCUGAAUGGGUCUCACUAGUCACGCGUUUAUAAGAGACUUGGAAACUUUGUGUGUGCUGUGUGCUCGUGCGAGGGUGGUUGUUGCUGCAGUGAUUCUUGAUGGGGCAGCCAUUGUAGGUAAGCUUCAUUUCUUUAUGCAUGAGGGAGGGGAGCCGAGGUAUGAGAAUGAAGAGUGGAGGGCAAACCGCGGUGAAAAACUGAACCCCCAGCCAGAAUAAUCGAUUAUGCAUGGCACAUAAUCGAUUAUGCCUCAGCAUAAUCGAUUAUGAUGGCAUAUUUUUGCUUCCAGGCGCGUUCCUUCCAUAUUUUUGUUAUUAUUAUUUAUUAUUAUAAAUAUUCUGUUAUUAUUAUUUAUUAUUAUAAAUAUUAUUAUUAUUAUUAUCAUUAUUAUUAA